AUGGACGAACAAAUGACUCCAAGUGCUUUUUCCGGAACGUUGCACCACUAUUCAGAAAAGCUGUGUGCAUUUGAAUAUGGAAGUGCAAGUGAAAGACCUAAGCCUCAUUCGCUUCUUUUUAUUGGCGGGCUUUCGGAUGGGCUGGGUACUGUUCCCUACAUCAAAGACUUAGCCAAAACCCUUGAGCCGACGAGUUGGUCUGUCUUUGCUGUGCUCCUUUCGUCCUCCUAUAACGGAUGGGGCAUGGUUAGUCUGGAUAAAGAUGUCGAAGAGAUUGGAAACUGUGUGAAAUACGUGAAAACGUACAAAAGCGCUAAAAACGGAGAUACUCCUACUAUGGUUGCCUUGAUGGGACACUCGACCGGAAGCCAGGAUGUACUCCAUUAUCUCUAUUCUGUCUCUGCCCCUGACAGGCCGCAAGUCGAGGGGGCUAUUCUUCAGGCCCCGGUGUCAGACAGAGAGAACCUCCUACAGUUUCUCAGAGCCGGUGAUGCUGCCACACCUUCAGAGGAAUUAACAAAAGUCUACGACGGCCUCGUUUAUCUGGCAAAGGUGAAUGUAACGAACUGUAGCAAGAAUGCCAUUUUGCCGCUAGCUUCGACUGCUAGGAUCGGCCUCGAUCCCGAAGUGCCCAUGUCCAGCCAUCGCUUUCUGAGUUUGGCAAGUCCAGACAGUCCUGAGUCUCCAUUGGAAGACGACCUCUUCAGCUCUGACCUUGGUGACGAGCGGCUGGAGCAAACUUUUGGCGCGAUAUGCUCCAAAGGUAUACUCAAGGGUUCCCUUCUUGUCUUACCGGGCGGGUCGGAUGAGUAUAUCAAGAAGGGCCACGGAAAGAGCUGGUAUCGAGGGUCGAAAGGUAUCUGA